GUUGCACACCUCUGAUUCACAUUGGACGAAGAAGAGGCUUUGUACCGUAUCACUUUUGUUGUGAACCCGGCGCUGACACAACCUCCAAUGAUUUAUGUGUGCUAUAGAUAAUUGACAAAACUUUAUAAUAAUAGUUAUGUGAAUUUGUACCUUGUUACUUGUGAAUAAGUUAUUAAAUAUGAGUCUAUUUGUUUUUAUAUGCUUGUGUAUUAUCGAAUGGACAGUCGAUGCCCAAUUUGGGAGUAUGUCAUUAAGUUUAGGACUGGGAGACAGAAAUAAUAAUGAAGAUUUAGAUAAUGACAAAGGACCCUGUCCGCCUAACACGCAGUGUAAGCCUAUAAGCUCGUGUCCUAUGCUAGAAGAUUUGCUCGACUUUUCGUGUUUUUCUUCAGACAAGUAUUUCCACCGACUGAACGAGUUGACCUGCGGUCAUGCCAACAGCGAGGACUACGUAUGCUGUCCAUCUUGCGACUGCAGCAGGGUCUACCAGGAAGGCACCGAGCGCUGUGGCCAGAGUAUGGUCAGAGCCGUCAACUACAGUGGUAUAGGAGCACAUCCUUGGGUUGCCAGAAUUGGAUUCACUCAUAAGGAGUCAGGCAAUGUUAGAUUUGCACCUGAGGGAUACAAAUUAUCGACAGUAGUGGUGGGAGAAUAUGACGCGAGUCGAAGUCCUGACUGUAGCGAAUUCUUCUGCGCGCCACCAACCCAGGCUAUCAAAGUAGAGAACGUUAUAGUGCACCCAGGUUAUGAGAAGAAGAUAUUUCGACACGAUAUAGCGCUUGUUGUACUCAAAGAAGAAAUAAGAUAUUCGGUGACAGCAGCGCCGGUAUGCCUCAACGAUAGAACGGAAAUCGUCAUUAAUGAACGAGCAACACUCGUCGGCUGGGGGAAACUGUCUGGACAAAGCAGUAUGGUGAGUCGGCAGCAACUUUUAGAUGUCCCCUUAGUGACAUUGGAAACUUGCGAGCGUAUCUUCGGUGACUCGGUGCCUGUGCACGAGGGUCAGCUGUGUGCUGGCGGCGAGGAGGGAAGGGAUGCUUGCGCCGGAUUUGGGGGAGCGCCACUUCUGCUGAAUCGGGACGGACAGUACUUUCAGGUGGGCAUCGUAUCGUUUGGUUCAGAGAAGUGCGGCAGUGACGGUGUUCCGAGCGUAUACACCAACGUGGCGCAUUACCACCGGUGGAUAGUUGAGAAUUCACCGUCUUAAUUAAGUUGUAUAACAUUAUUAUAGCCUAUUUCAAUAAAACCGUAUGAAAAGGUAAUCGAGAGGUGUUGAUAUUCUCUAUCAACACCUCUCUCUCAUUUCUAUAAUUUAUAGAAACAUUCCUCACCAUCAUUUCAGCCAUUAUCCAUCCACUGUUGGACAUAGGCCUGCCCCCAUAGACUGCCAUAAGGAACAAAUGGAAUGCCAUAUAAACAUUAAACGAAGAACAUUAGUAACAAGUCAAAACAUUCAAUUAACUGUGUACAUCUAAUGGUGUAUCUUUCGUCCUCUUUUUACUAUUUAUAUUUGUAUAAGAAGAAAGGAGGCAACCAUAUGAUUUACAGUUUUUAUUUUAUCAUUCCUUCUAUCUAAUUCCUUGUUCUUAGGUAUUACUGCCGGCUCCUUAGAUUAACGUGGUUCGAGAUACAAAGUCUAUGGUCGAGUCAGUUAUUCGUUUGCUAACAUUUUCAUUAACUUCUAUUGAAAAAGGCUAUUAUAUUUUUUUUAUCGCAUAAUAAUUUUUAAUAUUGUUAAUUGUCGAAGUUAAAAUAUAUCUACAUACAUAUUGUACAAAAAUAUUUU